CAUCAUUUCUUGCAAGCCUGGUAACAUGACUUCUCCUUUCUUUCAGAACUCAGCAGAUUGGGACAUGUCGCAGGACCCUUCAGAAAUGCUGUUCGAAUCAUUUUCAAACAAUGCUGUUCUUGACCCUAUCCACGAUUCUCUUUCCUUCGAUAUGGUGGACUUCUCCACGCCACCAACACAAGGAAACCACAAUGAGCCAAACCAAUUGGUGGUGAAAUCUGAAGUGCAGAGUAAGCAAAGGUCAUACAUAGGUGUGAGGAAAAGGCCUUGGGGAAAAUUUGCAGCAGAGAUCAGAGACACAACAAGGAAUGGUUCAAGGGUUUGGCUUGGAACCUUUGAGAGUGCAGAAGCUGCUGCUCUAGCUUAUGACCAAGCUGCAUUUUCCAUGAGAGGCCACAAUGCUGUACUCAAUUUUCCGGUCGAAAGGGUCAAAGAGUCUUUGGAAGAGAUUCAAUAUAGCUGCUGCAAUGGAUCUUCUCCUGCACUUGCACUCAAGGAGAGGCACUGCAUCCAAAGAAAAUUGUCAUCAAAGGGUAAAAAGUGUAAAGGGAAAGAGACAUCAACAUCGAGUGUGAUGGUGUUAGAGGACUUGGGAGUUGACUAUCUAGAGCAACUUCUGACCAUAUCUGAGCAUAGUUCAAGCCCUAGCUACUUCAACUAAAUCUAGGUCACUAUUCUUUUGUUUCCUUUUUCUUCUUGUUAAUUCCUUUUUACAACGUCAAUUUCUA